AUGCGUGAGAACUGCAUGCAUGCACUUGCAUGCACGCAUGCAUGCACGCACUUGCAUGCAUGCACUUGCAUGCAUGCAUGCAUGCAUGCAAGUGUUCACAGGGCAGUUAGGCGCGUGGCUGUAGGCUGUGGAGGCCGUUUGCGCCCAUGCAUGCAUGCAGCAAGUGCAUGCAUGCAUGCAGCAAGUGCAUGCAUGCAGCAACUGCAUGCAGCAACUGCAUGCAUGCAUGCAUGCAAGUCCACGCAUGCAUGCACUGCGCAUGCGCGUGCGGCAGGGGGGCGGCGGCGGAGGAGGGGCCCCCCGGAAAGGCGGACUUUCAAACUUGGAAAAUUUUGCAGUUUUAGUACCCUCUUUUGUGGUGGGGGCCCUCGUGGUGGCUUCUUGGCAUUCCACGAGCAUUUGCAGCUGCGGGGACUCUGCUGCUGCUGCGGACGCAGCUGCUGCAGACCCUGCUGCUGCUGCUGCUGCUGCUGCUGCUGCAGCGCCGUCGCCGAACGCGUCGCCCGACUCUGCAGCAACAGCAGCCGAGCCCCCUGCAGCAGCAGCAGCAGCAGCAACUGCUGCUGCUGCUGCUGCGCCGCAGGGCGAGGAAGCAGCAGCAGCAGCAGCAGCAGCAGCAGCAGCAGCAGAGGCCGGGGAAGCUGCAGGCAGCCGCUGAGCCCUCGAAAGGAGACAGCGCAGCAGCAGUAG